AUGGAUAGUGACUGGAAAUUGCACAAAAGGAUCAUCAACUUUUGUACAAUUACUAGUCACAAAGGAGAGGAGAUUGGAAGGGUAAUAGAGCAGUGUUUGAGGCAAUGGGAGAUCACCAAAGUGUUUACAAUCACAGUAGACAAUGCUAGUGCUAAUGACUUAGCUGUGGCAUACAUGAAGAGAAGGUUGACCAGUUACAAGACUUUGAUAUUUGAGGGAGAGUUUUUACAUUUAAGAUGUGCAUGCCACAUUAUAAAUUUGAUAGUUAAGGAUGGUCUGAAGGAGUUACAAGAUGGGAUUGCUGCUAUAUGGAACUGUGCCAAGUAUGUUAGGAGUUCAUCAAGUCGUCUUGACAAGUUCAGGGAGUUUGCUGUUUUGGAACAGUGCAGGGCAAAUGCCAAUGUUCCAUUAGAUGUAAUCACAAGAUGGAACAGCACAUACCUCAUGCUUGAAGCUGCACUUAAGUAUGAAGCUGUGUUCGGCAGAAUGGGUGAAGAAGACUGCAAUUUUAAAGCUUAUUUCGACGAAACGGACAAAAAUGGCAAACCUAGGGUUGGACCACCAUCUAGUGAGGAUUGGAGGAAUGCAGAAGCAUUUUGUUUGUUUUUGAAGAAGUUUUAUGAAGCUACUGUGAAGCUGAGCGCUUGGAAGAAGAUCACUGCAAAUAUAUUAUUUGUUGAAAUGGUUACAUUGCAAACUGAGAUUGACAAGGCUAUCAUUGCAGAAGACCCUAUUUUGAAGAGGGUUGCCACUUCAAUGAAGGCCAAGUUCAACAAAUAUUGGGGAAGCUUCGAAUCGGUGAACAAGAUAAUCAUGAUAGCUAAUGUUCUUGACCCAAGAUACAAGCUGCAGUGGGCUAAAGUAGCAAUGCAAAAAGUCAAUGCAAGCUAUGAGACAAUUCAUUCAAUACAAGGGGACUUAAAGAAAAUUUUGCUGAAGAUGUAUGAUGAAUACAAAGCCAAUGAAGGCAGCAACGAAGCUGAACCGUACAUGGGAGAAGAUCUAGGAUUCGAAGGGGAUGACUUGGAGAAUCUUGAUGAAGUCAGCAAGCAAAUAGCAAGGGAGAGGAUGGCAGAGCAGUCACAAUGCAUACGAAAUGAGGUUGAUCAGUAUUUAUCGGAUAGUUAG